AUGUUAAAAUUAACAGAAAUUAUGGAUUCGACAUGUAACUUUUGUGAAUAUCAAUAUGUACAUAAAACACUAAAUUAGGACUUUGCAGUCAUUAUCAAAAAGGCACUCUAUGAAAAGUAUUCAUCAUCCCAGAAUUAUACUUACAUUCGAAUCAUCAAUGAUCUAAUAUUUGCUCGUAGAAGUCGAAUCACCAAUAAAUUUAAAGACUAUCUCUUUUGGGAUUACCAUGAUGAGUAUAUGGAGAACUACUUUCAUUCUCCAUUUAAUAUACUUUUUGAUACUAUUCAUUCCAAUGUAUUGGUUAUAACUUAAAAUAGACCAUUAGUCCCAAAAAUUUGUGCCCCGCAUAUUUCAUACUCCUAUAGCUAAAACCAUGGAUAAUUACUACAAUCCCAAAAUUCGAUAAUCUCGAAAAUACUCAAACAUAAAUUCCAUUAGUGUUUCAAAAAUAUUACAAAGUAGUCUUCUCUAAAAGUAUCCUAUUCAUUUAUAUUUCAAGAUAAUAAUAAUAUAGUUCAUAAGGAUCCAUCUUUUUUAUCAAAAAUUAACUUAAUGAUAUUGUUACCAAUAGUUCAUUAUCCUUUCAUAAUAAUAAUAAGUAUCUAUUAUAAUUAUUCUAGUAAUUAAGAAGUUGGUGUCUAACUUAGAUUGAUCUAUUAGAAAUUCUGUGAAAGAAGAUAAGAAUUCAAAAAAUAGAAAUUAAAAAAGAAAAGUUAAGCACAUUCUAUUGAUAAAGAAACUCAAACUUAAGGAUUUCAAUUUAUACCUAUCAUUUAUCACAAAGAUAAGUAAUUUCUAUAAAAGAUCAUCAAACAAUAAAAGGAAAAAGAAUCUACAUAGAUUUAGUUUCAAAAAUUGAACAAAUAAAAUAAAACAUAAAAAUAUAGAAAUAGUGUAGAAAUCAAUAAUAAUAGAUAUGGUUCUGCAUCUAAAAUAUCAUAAUAAUCAACUGCUAGAGUCAUUGAAUCAUAUGCUUCAAGUAGAUAUAAUUCGACUGCUACUUAAUAAAAAAUUAUUCGAUCAUAGCGUACAAAAUCUUAAACUCAAGAUUCAAAUAACAUAACUAAAGCAUUAGAAAGUUAAUUCAAUAAUUAAAUUGAUAUUAAGUAAACAUUAAAGAGGGUUGAUAGUGGAAUUAAAUAACAAAAAGUUAAAUGA